AUGGACCUUAGAGACGACACUGGACACCAUGCAAGGGCGGCAUGGACCGCAGAUCCUCCCUCUACGGCCCAACAAAAACAACAAAAACAAAAAGUAGAAGAAGAAGAAGGGGAAACUCAAGAAAGACACAACAACAACAACAGUAAUAAUAAUAAUAAUAAUAAUAAUAAUAAUAAUAAUAAUAAUAAUAAUAAUAAUGAUGGCGGUAAAGAAAUAAAACCGGCAGCUGCAGCGGCGGCCAACACGGAUGUAGUGACCUCUCUCACUAUGCGAGAACAGGUGGAUGCGUUAGCGCAGGCCCUUCUGCGGGAGUUCAUGCACCGCCGCGGAUACACAAAAACCCUGCAAACAUUCGAUCGUGAAUGUCCACGCAAUGAACGGACUAUUGCCUCUCGUCAGUUAAUGCGACAACUACUGGAGAUUCCCUCUCAUGCAUUUCCCUCACGAUUGAGUGGAGAUGCCAAUGGGACGGCAGCCACCACGAGUAGUAAUAGUAAUAAUAGUAAUAAUAAUAAUAAUAAUACGAUGAACAGCAAGAACCAAAACACUAAAGAGAGUGAAACAGAUGGAAAGAGUGUUCACAACAAAGAUGCCAGCAGCAACAGCAACAGUGGUGGUGGUACGAUGAAUGAGAAGAAUAAAAAGAAAAAUAAAAAGGUGGUAGCCCCAACAUUCAUGGAAGAAUUAUGUUCCUACCGACUUCAGAAACGUGAGAUUCAGCAAAAACAACAGGAAGCAGCCGAAAUAGGAGGAGAUGGGCAUACAAUAGAGACUAUAAUCGUAGAUCCAAGUGAUGCGGAGAUGGAAGAGUGGCGUACGGCGGCGGCCGCUGCGGAACGGCGGGUUGCAGAGGCAAAAGAACGGCAUGAGGAACGUUUACGUGAAAAAGAGGAAAAGAAACAACGUAAACGUGAAAAAUUAAAAAAGAAACGUGAGAAGGAAAAAGAAAAGGAAGGUCAUCAUCAUCAUCAUCGUCAUGGUAAACGGGAAGAAGAAGAAGAAGAAGGGAAAGAAAAACAAUUCUUUCGCUAUGGAAAUGAUAAUGAAGAGGAAGGGGAUGAGGAGUUUGGUCUUGGGGUUGAUAGUAAUUUCUCCUCCUCUUCUUCUACAAUGCAUCGACACAGAAAGCGUCGAGUUCACUUUGAUGAUGAAAGUCAUAGUAACAGCGAUGACGAUUCCAACACAAUGAUGACGAUGCACCGAAAGAAAAGCAGUGGACAUCGCAGCAGCAACAGCAGCAGUAAUGACAACAAAACAGAUGUUCUUUCUACCACUGGUACUCGUAGUAGUGGUAGCGGUAUGGCUAUUGGUGGUAGUAAUAGUGGUAGCAGUCCAGAUAGCAGUAAUAGUGAUAAUCCCAAUGGUAUAUCUGGUAGUCAUCAUCGUCCUUGGAAUGCUGGUAAUAGUCGUAGUAGUGGUAAUAAAGCUGGAGGUCUUGCAGAACCGGAGUUUCUCCUUCAUCCAAUGGAGCGUCGACAAGCUGGACGAUCUGUGGGAUCGCGAUGGACUCCCACUGGUGGAUUACCCGCAGAAGUGGGAUUGGGCCGAAGUAGCAAUAACAAUAGCAAUAGCAAUACCAAUACAGUAGGAGGUAUAGGUAUAGGAGCUGUGAGUACGACUAGUAGUAUGAAUAGUGCGGGUAAUAGUGCAGACUUGGAUCGACCUCCCUCGUUUCUUGUUGGUGAUGACAUGUCACGUCUCACCGAACGCAUGCAUGCAGCCCGUCGACAACAAUUAAACGAAUGGCAACCACCUCCCCAAGGGGGAUACACCCAACAUCACUCCAACAAUAAUAACAAUAAUAAUAAUAAUAGCAAUAGUUUUAGUAAUAAUAACAGUAUGAGCAUGAGUAUGAGCAACAGCUACAGCCACAGUCUGCGGGGAAGUGCGGGGUACACGCCGGCCGCCAUCGCCCCGCUGCCGUCGAGCCGCGAGGGAAGUCCGGCCGCGUCGGUGCCGUUCGGACACGUCGCGAUGGGCCAACGGAGCGUCAGCGGCACCCGCAGUCCGUCCAUUCACGCCAAUCUCCACCUCACGGGCCACACCUCCUCCUCUCCCUCCAUGGCCUCCGUGAGCUCCACGCCCAACAGCAGCACCACACCGCCGCCGCCGCCGGCCGCGGGAAUACUGAAGAGUCCAACGCGGAGUCGGGGAUAUGAUGGGGCCGCGCGGCCAGCGGGAAGUGCACUCCGGCAGGGAAGUGCCUUUCACACCGAUGGGAAGAACAAGAGUAAGAGUAGAGAUAACAACAAUGGUAAUAAUAAUGGUGAUAAUGGUAACGGGAAUGGCAAUACGGGAGAGGGGGAACGGUCUACCGGGCGAAAGAACCGUAAAGUGACGAUUCUCGUGGAUUAA